AUGGUUGAUGGCACAAUUGUCGGUAUAUUGUUUUGCAAUAUUAAAUAUAUUGAAAACAUAAAAAAUGUAAGGAUAUCCGGGUGUGACGGUACUUUUAAAACGGUUCCAAAAACUAUUGAUGAGGAAUGUUAUCAACUUUUUACCUUUCAUAUAAAAUAUAAAAAUAUUAGUUUCCCGAUGGUAUACGCUUUACUAACUGGUAAAAUAGAAGUUAUUUACAAGGAGCUGUUUCAAUAUGUUCGUCAUGUUUUACCCUUGCAAUAUGAUAAAAUGACAAUAAUUACGGAUUAUGAGAUUAGCCACAUAAAUAAUAUUGCAUUAGUAUUUCCAGAAAGUACCCAUCAAGGUUGA